AAUUUAUCAAAAAAAGGUUCCAAAUAAAAAUGAUACUGUAAGCUGGUUUUUAAUUUUGCAUCUCAGAUUAACCAGAUCAGAACUUGUUGCUGCACUAAGUCUGCGGCCUAUAGUUUUAAAAUUUCACGUUCACCCCAUUGGUUUUACUACAUAUUAGACAUUCAAAAUGCCGCGUCCAAAUGCAGGUGGAGACAACUUUCUGAAGCGCGAGAAGAACACCCAGGAGGUGGUGGAGAAUGUGAUUGGCGAGCUUAAGAAGAUCUACCGGAGCAAGCUGUUGCCCCUGGAGGAGCACUACCAGUUCCAUGACUUCCACUCGCCGAAGCUCGAGGAUCCGGACUUCGAUGCCAAGCCGAUGAUCCUGCUGGUGGGCCAGUACUCCACGGGCAAGACAACCUUCAUUCGCUACCUGCUGGAGCGCGACUUCCCGGGCAUUCGGAUCGGACCGGAGCCGACGACGGACCGCUUUAUCGCCGUGAUGUACGACGACAAGGAGGGCGUGAUCCCGGGCAACGCCCUGGUUGUGGACCCCAAGAAGCAGUUCCGGCCGCUGUCCAAGUACGGCAACGCCUUCCUUAACCGCUUCCAGUGCAGCAGCGUUGCCUCGCCCGUCCUGAACGCCAUCUCCAUCGUCGACACGCCCGGAAUUCUGUCCGGUGAGAAGCAGCGCAUCGAUAGGGGCUAUGACUUCACUGGAGUUUUGGAGUGGUUCGCUGAACGGGUGGACCGCAUCAUCCUGCUGUUUGACGCCCACAAACUGGACAUCUCCGACGAGUUCCGGCGCUCGAUCGAAGCUCUGAAGGGCCACGAUGACAAGAUUAGGAUCAUCCUGAACAAGGCGGACAUGAUUGACCACCAGCAGUUGAUGCGGGUGUACGGAGCACUGAUGUGGUCGCUGGGAAAGGUGCUGCAGACGCCAGAGGUGGCGCGCGUGUACAUCGGAUCGUUCUGGGAUCAGCCUCUGCGCUUCGACGCCAACCGGCGGCUGUUCGAGGACGAGGAGCAGGAUUUGUUCCGGGAUCUGCAGUCCCUGCCGCGCAACGCUGCGCUGCGCAAGCUGAACGAUCUAAUCAAACGGGCCCGCCUGGCCAAAGUGCACGCCUUCAUCAUCGCCGAGCUGCGCAAGGACAUGCCCUCUGUGUUCGGCAAGGAGAGCAAAAAGAAGGAUCUGAUCAAGAACCUCGGCCAGGUUUACGAUCGCAUUCAGCGCGAGCACUCCAUUUCGCCCGGUGACUUCCCCGACAUUAAGAAAAUGCAGGAGGUGCUGCAGCACCAGGAUUUCACCAAGUUCCACUCGCUAAAGCCCCAUCUUCUGGACAUCGUGGACAACAUGCUGGCCAAGGACAUUGCCCGGCUAAUGGAGAUGAUCCCACAGGAGGAGAUGACGCUCGUCGCGGAGCCUGUGGUCAAGGGUGGUGCCUUCGAGGGAGUCAUCGACGACCACGUCUCACCCUUCGGCUACAUGAAGGGCGAAGGCAUCGACGCUGGAUACGGAGAGCACGACUGGAUCUGCAAGAAGGACAAACCGCGCACUGACGGCAUCUUUAACGGGCUGGGACCCGUCGAUGGCAAAAUAUCCGGCGCAACUGCCAAGCAGGAGCUCAUCAAGUCGAAACUGCCCAACUCGGUACUCAGCAAGAUCUGGAAGCUGUCGGAUGUCGAUGGAGAUGGCUUCCUGGACUCCGACGAGUUCGCGCUGGCCUUGCACUUAAUCAACGUCAAGCUGGAAGGCUGUGAGCUGCCCACCGUGCUGCCGGAGCACUUAGUUCCGCCGUCGAAGCGCUAUGAUAGUGCCCUGUAAUAUACAGACUCGAUCACACAAACUCACGACCCAAUAACACAUACACAGAAGUCACAUUGAGACCAACUCCUACGAUGCACUAAGUUCGAUUUGAUUUAUUUUCAACCACAGUGCAGGCGACUGCCUUUUUAUAUGUACUAUACUCGUUGUGAACGCGCUAAACUGGGUAUUAAAACACACAAGCGGCAAUGCAAGCAUUGCACCAUAUGAGAUAUCAAUCAUAAAUUCGUAGAAUUUACACAAAAUAUAGCAUAUUUUUGGAUAAACAAUUGUAAAUGUAGAGAUGAGGAACCAGCCUAGUGGAAUAAGAGAAGAGAGUGUGUGUUGAGCGCCCAAAUGUCGUUGUUGACUUAAGGAAAAUGUGAAGAAACAAUUGUUCAAUGCCAAUGAAAGAGCAUGAAGUUAAACUGUAUACAAUAUCUAGGUUAAUGUCGAUGUUGAGCUUGAAGGGCCAUUUAUUUGCAAACCGAACGUUUUUUACUACACAGUAAAUAUAUUUGUUAUAUUGAAAUUUACAACUGGAGAACCUGUGUUUCCUGUAUUUAUUUUGCAAUAUUAAUUAACUUUUCAAAAUGCUCUUAUAUUAGAGGCCACAAGAAUUGAAAUAAAAAUGUUGUGCAAUUUAAUUUUUGUUAGUGCAAAUUAUUGCCUGUGCUUCGACUAAUUUGUAAUUAGUGAAUUUUUGAAUAUUAUUAAAUGUGGAAUGAAAACUGAUUUUAAAUUGUAUAAACAAUAAAAUGAACAAUUUUGGA